AUGCGGACGUUCUCGAGCGUGGCAGACGUGGCUAGCGCCAGGGGCACAACGCGUCUUCGCCCGAUGCAGUUUGAUCCACCUGCGCCUGUAGCCCACCACGGGCUUGGCAUCUCCUCGGACAGUGAUACGUUUGGAGAGUCGGACGAGACGGAGGCGAACGGCGAAGCAGAUUCUGCUGCUGCUGUGGAGUCCGACAGCGAGCUCGCUUUGUCGUCUGCAGACAUCAGUGUCUCCAGCGCUGUUGAGCACAAUGGUGACGGGUUCGAUAUCCCCGACGUCCCCGACGUCCGCGACGUCCCCGAUGACCCCGACGUCCCUGACGUCUUUGAUGAUGACUCGCAUCUGCCGAUCCAGACGGACUCGAUGGAUGAGGCAAUGCCUGAGGUCGGAAACGACAGUCCUAGUGACGACGACAAUCCUAGUGACGACGACAAUCCUAGUGACGACAACAAUCCUAACGGCGACAACAAUCCUAACGGCGACAACAAUCCUAACGGCGACGAUGAGGUGAGUGACGUCGGCGACACUGGCGACGUCGGCGACACUAGCGACGUCGACGACUCUGCGCCCCCUCCUGACUUUGCGAUGCUCGAGGAGAACGGUACAACCGACACGCCUGGACUGCCUGCACACCCGAUUGACGACGACACGAGCAGCAUGAGCGAAGCGAGUAGGGCUGAUGCCAAGUCGGCUAUAUAA